AUGCGCCUAGCAGCAUUUAUCCUGUUUGCUUGCGCCAGCUGUUUCCUGACAGCUAGGACACGUGGCGAGAGCUCGUUGGUGGGUCACGAGCGUCCGUCAUUUCACAUGAAGUUCCCGCGCAGGCCGCGGGACGAAGCGCGCGUGGUAGAGGCGAAUGUAGCGAAUCAGACGCUGACACUUGGCGUGCUCGCGGGGCACGAUAAGCAAGCCCUGUCGAUCCGCUCAGCCAUCCAGCUGGCGUACGAGGAUGUAUUGGCGGACCAAUCCCUGACGUUCCCCCAUCCGUUGAGGCUGUCAUUCGGUGACACGGGAAGCACCAGGUUCCAGGCACAGGCAGCAGCAUUGCAGACGAUGCUGGACGAUGCACUGGUGCUGCUGGGGCCUGAGUUCUCCUCGCAAGCUCACAGCAUCAUCGACCUGUGCCGCGACUACCAGGUGCCGAUGCUGAGCUACUCAGCAACAGACCCCACACUAUCGUCCAAGGGGCAGUUCCCCUACUUCGUGCGGCUGAGCCACAGCGACCAGAUGGAGAUGGAGGUGAUUGCUGGUGAGUCAUCAUAG